UUAAAAAUGUCUGGUAAUCAUUUGUCUAAUUUAGAAAGACAUCUGAUAGGUCAGCGUUGAAAGAUCAUUUUCACAUUUGAAAUUCAUUCUCUCACCACAUAGAUCGAGGAUGAGUGAACAACUCCUGGAAGAUAUUAUGCUAAUCCGUCUAAAUAAAAUUUUUAAAAUUGAUAUAUGACUGUUUUGUAUUUUUAAAUGUAUUUUUCGUAUAAAUAAAAUAGACAAUUUAUAUUUAUACCAAAUUUAUGUCUAGUUUUUUAAUAUCAAUUCAAAAAUUUGUAAACCCGAGCUGAACCCGGAACCAAACCCGGGUUCAAAAAUAUUGGAUGAAUUAGGCGUUUUGUCGUACUGCCAAGUUUCCCAAAAAAAUCUCGAAGAUUUCCAAAAUUGUAUUUGAAGUAAUUAUGAAAAUUAAAGAGGUUAAAGAUAUAUCGCAACAAUUAUCAACACUAAGAAAAUUAGAAAUUAAAAAAACUAGGCAAAACAAAGAGUGCAUAUUUUAUGGAGGAUAUGAUUUAAACAUGGAAAGAAUGCUAUAUAUCAUACAUGUAGAAGAAAAUGUGGAGGAAGAGCUAAAAUUUGUGGUACUGAAUUUAGCAUCACUGUAAAACAUUUAGAAACAUGCAAGCCAAUUCAAAAUGAUUCUCUAAGUCUAGCUUCUUGUUCUCAAGGUCCAUCUGUGAACCUCCCUGUUCAAGAUGAUUCUCUAAGUCUAACCUCUUACUUUCAAAGUCCAUCUGUGAACCUCCCUGUUCAAGGUAUAAAUAUUUUACCACAUAUUAUCCAAUUAAUAUUCCAAUUUAGAUGAUUCUCUAAGUCUAACCUCUUACUUUCAAGGUCCAUCUGUGAACCUCCCUGUUCAAGACUCUGAUUGCCCUAAGAAAAGAUAUAUAUCGAUAUCAACACAAACUGACAAUGCUCUAUUAAUGGAUGCCUCUACACAGACAAAUAUAUCAUUAUUUUUACCAACAUCAAAUGUGUGCACUGCAGAAUGCCAAACUUUUAAUCUACAAGUUUUUGACAUCACAAACAGUCCAAUUAUGAACCCAGAGGUCUUGGAAGAAAUAGAUGCCCAUAACAGAAUUAUCAAUAGUCCAAUUAUGAACCCAGAGGUCUUGGAAGAAAUAGAUGCCCAUAACAGAAUUAUCAAUAGUCCAAUUAUGAACCCAGAGGUCUUGGAAGAAAUAGAUGCCCAUAACAGAAUUAUCAAUAGUCCAAUUAUGAACCCAGAGGUCUUGGAAGACAUAGAUGCCCAUAACAGAAUUAUCAAUAGUCCAAUUAUGAACCGAGUGGUCUUGGAGGAAAUAGAUGCCUAUAAUGGAGGUACCACUAGUCCAACUAUCAUUCAAAACAAUCAUAGUUUCAUAAAAUCCAAAAAUAACAAAAACAUGAUAUAUUAUAACAAAUAUUUAUACGUUUAUGAUUUCGGCGACCUAUAUUAUAAAUGCAGAAAGAAUAGUUGUAAGGGUAGGGGUAAGUUUUUAUUUUUUAAUAGUGAAGAUAAUAAAUUAUUUAUUUUUACAACAUAUAAACUUUUAUCACGCCUAUGUUUGGCUGAAAAAUUUAAUGCCUCCUAAAUUAUUUAAACAAUUUUAUACUAUUUCUAUUUUAAUUAAUCAUACUCUAAUUAUUUGUGCAUACAUUUUAUUGCCAGCAGAUAAAUAUAAAAAUACUUAUUUAAAUAUGUUUUUAUUAUUAAAAAAUCAUUGUUUAUCUUUAGGGUUAUUUUUUCCCCCCGUUUUGCCACUAUUGAUUUUGAAAUUGGCGUAUACUUAGCCCUUAAAGCAAUUUUUCGCACUAUUAUAGUUAAGGGCUGUUAUUUCCACUUCUGUCAGUACGUUAUUAGGCGUAUUAAAGAUAGUCAUCUAACCCGACUAUUUAGACAAAAUAUUGAACUAAAAAAAUUUUUUCGAAUUAUAAUGGCCAUUCCUUUUUUGUUAGAAAGGGAUGUGUAAUAUUUAAUUAACGAUCUGAGGCGACAAUCUGAAGUUUUUAAAAUAAAUUCAAUACAUGAUUUUUUAAACUAUUUUGAAAAUACUUGGAUUAAUCUUAAUGCAAAAUUUAAAUAUCAAAUGUGGAAUACAUUUGAUAUUAGGGGCGUGAGGACGAAUAACCAUGUAGAAGGGUUUCAUCGCUCAUUAAAAAAAUACAUUCCUUAUUCGCACCCUAAUAUUUAUCUCUUUAUUGACACCAUAAAAAUUAUAGAACAAGAUAUGGACUUGAAAUUAUUCCAAUUAGAUGAUGGCAGAAAGGUUACGGAAAGAAAAAAAAUAUACUGUAUAUUAGAUGAUAAAAUUAAUGAAAAUAUAAUACUAUACUGUGGAGGUAUUUUUACCCCUAUAGAAUAUUUGGAGAAAAUAUCAAAAUUUUUAUAUUCAAAAAAAUCAAAUCACUCUAAUUUUUCUGCCAUUGUCUAACUAUAUUGUUUUAUAUUGUCAAUAAAGGAUAACAUUACUAUUAAUCUGAGUAUUUAUAGUCAGGUUUGACAGAGGUGGUAUACGUCAUUUUCAAAAUUUAUAGUUAUUAAAUUUUUUUUUACAUAUACCUUAUAUUGUUUCGUCAUUGAUAUUUUAUUUAUAUAGUUAACACGCACUAAACCAUUUUUAAUAAUUUACCAUACAAUCUUUUAAUCAUAUUUAUA